AUGUCCAAGGAUUUCGCAAUUCUGGUUUUUCGAGUUCUCGCUGGAGUGGCAACAAUUGGGUUGGCGUCCAGUCCAUCGUUGCUCAUGCACCGUAUUUACAAACAGAAGCACGUCGGAGUGACUUCCGUUGUCCCUCUAGCUUCACUACUUGGCAGUUCACACAUUUGGAUGGUCUACGGCUACCUCACCAAAAACUACUUCCCACUGGUUUCCUGUUUCCUGUACGGAGAAUGCUGUGCCAUCGUCUAUCUGUCGAUCUACUGCUAUUAUUCAACGGACAAACAAUGCGUGUUUCGCGUUCUGGCUGCCGUUCUCACUAUCGUUGCUUUCGUUACCAUCUACGCCAUCGUCGGUAGUCUGGGGUACACGGGUCAGUCCACUUCAAGUAUCAACACUACAAUGGGGCUGAUUGCCGAUUGCGGAGGAGUGUUUCUGUACGGCGCACCAAUGGAGAAAUUGUUCCAAGUCCUCAAACACAAGUCUGCAGUCUUCAUCAACGUGCACAUGGUGAUUGCUGGACUGGCAAGCAACCUCCUCUGGCUCACGUACGGAGUCUUGAUCACGAACCCGUUUAUCAUGUCUUUGAACGCCCUCUUCUUGACGAUCAACGUGUUCACGUUACUCGUUUAUCGGCUCUACGAUCCACACACACACCCGCUCGUGGACGACUCGAUCUCCGACGAUAUAACCGUGUGCAUCGAGAUCCUCAGCCCUGUAUACACGACAACGCCAUCACCGCUGGCUGCAAAAUAGUAAUACAAGUUGAGAGUCACUGCUUAAUGUAAAAAA